CGCUCUCUGAUGUUCCCCGACUGUGACAGCAGCCAUUUUAUUUUAUUCCGUUCCUUUCGCACCGCCGUGAGGUGCGUGGUUUUUGUGGCAGAACUCAGUAACCAGCCGGUUAAAAAUGAGUUCUCUAAAACUUCAGAAGAGGCUAGCAGCCUGUGUUAUGCGAUGCGGUAAAAAGAAAGUAUGGUUGGAUCCUAAUGAAAUCAAUGAAAUAGCCAAUACUAAUUCCCGUCAAAAUAUUCGUCGGUUGAUCAAGGAUGGUUUGAUCAUCAAAAAGCCUCAUGCGAUCCACUCCAGAGCAAGAGCACGUAAACGUGCAGCAGCCAAAAGGAAAGGUCGUCAUCGUGGUAUUGGUAAAAGGAAGGGUACUGCAAAUGCUCGUAUGCCAACAAAGAUUCUAUGGAUGACAAGGCAACGGAUUUUAAGAAGAUUGUUAAAGAAAUACAGAGAUGCUAAGAAAAUUGACAAGCAUUUGUAUCACUCGCUUUACAUGAAGGCAAAGGGUAACACUUUCAAGAACAAGCGAGUUUUAAUUGAAUACAUUCACAAAAAGAAGGCUGACCAGGCUCGCGCUAAGAUGUUGGCUGACCAAGCCGAAGCCAAGAGACACAAGGUCAAGGAAGCACGUAAACGACGAGAAGAAAGAGUUAAGGCCAAGAGGAAGGAACUCCAACAAAUGUACGCAAAGGAAGAUGCCGCCGCUGCUGCAGCUGCUGCCUCCAAGAAAUAAGGAUUUCAUUUUUUAUCGACAAGUAACUGCUUUCUGCUGUUUUCUUUUAAACUGGAUGAUUUCAAUAUCUUGUGACUUGAAUUCAUGUGAAAAAAUAAAUCAUCUUUUGGUUAUUUUUAUUACAAAGCGGAA